GAAAAUGUUGGCCGAGGGAGUUCAACUACCACCCACCCCUUUUCCUAUUGUCCAACAAACGGUUUUAAUGAAACAAUCAAUUCAUUUCAUCUCUUGCCCCUCCCUCACUCUUAAACACAUCCCCCAGACUCCUUAACUAGCUAGUCUCACAAACCCAGAACAAAGGAGCAAGGUGGGGGUGGGGGGAAGCGGAGGAGACCUCAAUGCCGACGAGAUUGCUGCUGAUGCUGGCGUUCGCUGGCCGCCUCGCGAACGAGGUGGUCAGCUUCGUCGUGUUCUCGGUGGGGCUCGACCCCAUCCUCGACGUGCUCCUAUGCUUCGUCUACAAGCUCGCCGACUACGCCAAGGAGGCGGAGUGGAAGCGUGCUACUGCUCGUCGUCCGCCAAGGACAGGGGGACUCGGCGGCAGCAGCGCCCCGAACGCGUGGUCGGACUGCAGCUGCAAGAUGCUGCAACUCUGGAGCCAGCAGCCACAGUCAAGGAACUCCCUCCUCUACGUCCACGUACAGGGGCCUAAAGAUAGCUCAGUCCCGAAGGAAGACGUGCUGUUCAUCCACGGCUUCAUAUCCUCGUCGAAAUUCUGGACGGAGACGGUGUUUCCGAACUUUUCGGAGCGGACGAGGUCGAAAUACGGCUUUUCGCGUGAAUUGCUGGGUUCGGACCGGCCGAAGCCGGCCGACUCCUUGUACACGCUGAGGGAGCACGUAGACAUGAUAGAGAAGUCGGUGAUCGAGAAUCACAACGUGAAGGCUUUCCACAUCGUAGCCCAUUCUCUCGGAUCUAUUCUGGCCUUAGCGAUUGCGGUCAAGCAUCCUGACGCGGUCAAGUCGCUGACUCUACUGGCGCCGCCGUAUUUUCCGGUACCAAAAGGGGAGCAGGGGACGCAGUUCGUGCUCCGGCGAGUGGCGCCGAGGAGGGUGUGGCCGGUGAUAGCGUUCGGGGCGUCGCUGGCGUGCUGGUAUGAGCACAUAAGCAGGACGAUAUGCUUGCUGAUAUGCAAGAAUCACAGGAUCUGGGAGUUCCUCUUCAAGUUCAUCACCAGGAACAGAUUUAAAACUUUUUUGAUGGAGGGCUUCUUCUGCCACACACACAAUGCAGCCUGGCACACCUUGCAUAAUAUCAUCUGCGGCAGUGCAAGUAAGAUCGAUAGUUAUUUAGAUACUGUUAGGGAUCGGCUUCGUUGCAAUGUUACUGUUAUCCAUGGGAGGGAUGAUGAACUCCUUCCAGUUGACUGUAGUAUCGCGGUCAAGUCAAGAAUUCCCCGAGCCGACAUCAAGAUCAUCGAGAAAAAGGACCAUAUCACUGUCAUUGUCGGUAGACAAAGAGCAUUUACCAGAGAACUUGAAGAAAUCUGGAACAAGGCGGAACAAAACUGAAUUUAAAUAGAACAUAAAUGUGGAAAAAACAGAAUGUGUUUCUUCAAAAAAAAAAAAAAAUUUUCCUACUCUUUUUUGUCCAAUUAUAAAUUUUUAUUUAUAGGUUUUAACUAUUUUCAAGAUUUGUGUUUGGGUCAUAUGUAAUUUAGGAUAUCACCCAACUAUUCGAUCAAGUGUGCACAUUAAAUGAUAAGAGUUUAUAUCUUCCCAA